AUGGCUAAGGUCCGGGAACUGGAGGAAACCUUCGUGCAGGAGCAGCCUUCGCCCCAACUUCCCUCCGAGAUCGCCGAGGAGUGCGGCGCUCAGCUGCUCGGCAAGGGCUUGCUGGUCUACUCCGAGGAGAGCGCUUACCUGGUGGCCAGCGCCCGGAGCAGCGAGGAGAAAGGCGGGGAUCUCGGGCUGCAGGUUGGAGUUAAAUCAGAAAUGCAUUUAAACAAUGGCAACUUUUCCUCGGAGGAAGACGAUGCAGACACUCAGGAAAGCAAGACCAAAGCCACCGACCCACAGCUCUCUCAGAAGAAGAGCAUCACCCAGAUCAUGAAGGACAAGAAGAAGCAGACUCAGCUCACCCUGCAGUGGCUUGAAGACAACUACAUCAUAUGUGAAGGAGUUUGCCUCCCACGGUGCAUUCUUUAUGCUCACUAUUUAGAUUUCUGCAGGAAAGAGAAACUGGAACCAGCCUGUGCAGCCACCUUUGGAAAGACGAUUCGCCAAAAGUUUCCCCUCCUGACAACAAGAAGACUUGGAACAAGAGGGCAUUCAAAGUAUCAUUACUAUGGGAUUGGCAUCAAAGAAAGCAGCGCCUAUUACCACUCCGUUUACUCUGGAAAGGGCUUGACAAGGUUUUCGGGGAGCAAACUGAAGAAUGAGGGUGGCUUUACUCGUAAAUACUCACUCAGCUCAAAAACAGGAACCCUUCUUCCAGAAUUCCCCAGCGCUCAACAUCUUGUGUACCCAGGAUGCAUUGCUAAGGAUAAGGUUGACACUCUCAUAAUGAUGUAUAAGACUCACUGCCAGUGCAUACUCGACAACGCCAUCAACGGGAACUUUGAGGAGAUCCAGCAUUUCCUACUGCACUUUUGGCAAGGAAUGCCAGACCACCUCCUUCCCCUGCUUGAAAAUCCUGUAAUCAUUGACAUUUUCUGUGUUUGUGACUCAAUUCUGUAUAAGGUUCUUACAGAUGUCCUCAUUCCUGCAACCAUGCAAGAAAUGCCUGAAAGCUUAUUAGCAGAUAUAAGAAAUUUUGCUAAAAAUUGGGAACAGUGGGUUGUCUCAUCUUUGGAAAACUUGCCCGAAGCCCUCAUUGACAAGAAAAUCCCCAUUUUGCGAAGAUUCGUAUCUUCUCUGAAGCGACAGACGUCUUUCUUGCAUCUUGCUCAGAUUGCCAGACCAGCUCUCUUUGACCAGCAUGUGGUGAACGCCAUGGUAUCUGAUAUUGAAAAGGUUGACUUAAAUAGCAUUGGAUCUCAGGCCCUUCUUACCAUAUCCAACAGCGCAGACACGGAAUCCGACAUCUACAGCGAAUAUGACUCCAUCAUUGUGUUCCAAGAGCUGAAGGAUCUCCUUAAGAAGAAUGCGACAGUGGAAGCUUUUAUUGAAUGGUUGGAUACUGUGGUAGAACAGAGAGUUAUUAAGAUGAGCAAACAGAACGGAAGAUCUCUGAAGAAGAGGGCUCAAGACUUCCUGCUCAAAUGGAGCUUUUUUGGUGCCCGCGUAAUGCAUAAUCUGACCCUGAACAACGCAUCGAGUUUUGGUUCUUUCCAUUUGAUCCGGAUGCUUCUGGAUGAAUACAUUCUCCUGGCUAUGGAGACUCAGUUUAACAAUGAUAAAGAGCAGGAGCUACAGAAUUUACUGGACAAGUAUAUGAAGAACUCGGAGGCGAGUAAAGCUGCCUUCACGGCUUCCCCGAGCUCAUGCUUUCUGGCCAACCGAAAUAAGGGCAGCUCAGUUUCCGGUGACGCUGUGAAGAACGAGAGCCACGAGGAGGCCUCCUAUGCUCCCCUGCCUUCCAGCCAGCCUUUGGCCGUACCCCCUGCUCUGCACUCAUUCCCAGCGGAGAACACGGAGACCAUGCCUCUCUCAGGUCAAAUAGAGCUCUCACAAAGUACUGGCCAUCUGAUGACGCCACCUAUUUCUCCAGCCAUAGCAAGCAGAGGAAGUGUUAUUAACCAAGGGCCAAUGGCAGGCAGACCCUCGAGCGUGGGCACAGCUCUCUCAGCUCCAACGCACUGUCCGACGUACGCAGAACCGAUUUAUCCUACCCUCCCUCCAGCCAACCACGACUUUUACGGGACCAACUCUAACUAUCAGACUGUGUUUAGGGCACAGUCUCACCCUGCGUCAAGUCUCUAUGCUCACCGUGCAGAGAACGGGCGAUGCAUGGCUUGGACGGAACAGCAGCUUUCUAGAGACUUCUUCGGGGGCAGCUGUGCUGGGUCUCCAUAUAAUUCCAGGCCGCCUUCCGGUUAUGGGCCAUCCCCCCCAACACAAGAGCCACACAGCAUGCAGUUUUUGAACACAGGGAGCUUCAAUUUCCUCAGUAACGCAGGAACUGGCAGCUGCCAAGGAGCAGCCUUACCUUCUAAUUCUCCUAAUGGGUACUAUGGAAACAAUAUAAACUACCCAGAGGCACAUAGGCUCGGCUCAAUGGUGAACCAACACGUUUCGGUCAUCAGCAGUGUUCGCUCCCUGCCUCCCUACAGUGACAUCCAUGAUCCACUUAACAUUUUAGAUGACAGCGGCCGGAAGCAGAGCAACUUGUUUUAUGCACACACAUCCUCUCCUGUCACAUGUCGGACUCCUGUAGUGGCUUCCAACUUGCAAACCCAGAUUCCUUCCUCUUCAUCCCAGUGUAUGUAUGGAACUUCCGGUCAGUAUCCAGUGCAAGAUAAUCUGGAUUCCAAUGGAGCAAGUGACAGAGAAAUGGUGUCCUCUUUACCUCCCAUCAACACUGUGUUUAUGGGGACAGCAGCUGGAGGCACUUAAAUGAACAAUGCAGAAUGCAGACGAAACUCAAGGCUCUACUGCAUUGGUGUCAUUGUCCACCCCCAGCUGCCAUGAGAGAAGAGACGGUGGAAGGUGGAGUGGCUGAAUGUUAUUUUCAGUUCACUGCUGUGCUGGACAACUCCAGAGUGAAUGGAAAUACUUGUGUUGCACACAAUUAGGCAAAAAUGUGAAGCCAUUAUUAAUCGUAAUUUCAAAGACUAUCAAAUGAAACCAAUGGAAAUUUAAAGAUGCAGACACUACAAAGAUGUAAUAUUUCACUUUCUAACUUAUUGAAAAUUCUCUAUUUUCCUUCACCUUUGGUUUCUAAAAGAAGAAAAGUGUAUUCGAUGCCUUCACAAAAUCUUUAAUUUAUAAUCAUUGUUUACUAUCACCUUUUGACCAAAGUCAAAUGUCUAAGUUCUACCUCCUGUGAGAAUGUUUACAAGGUCAAGACUUUCUCGUAUGUAGCCUAGAUCCAAGUGACUUGACCUUCUAUCCCUGUGCACUAGUGUGGUGAUUUCUGUUACAUAGCAGUGUUCUUAUUCUAUGUAACUGAAAAGAAAUGAUAAACGCUUUCCUUCUUUAUUUAAAAUGAUAAGAGGAAAUAAAAGGAGUGUGCGGAAACAUUCUCAAGGCUGUGAUUGCUUUGGGGAUUGAUUCUGUUUCUGAAGAAUGUGAAGACUUCAGGCCAAAGUACAAUGGAUAUGAAAUGAAAAAAAUAAAUAAAGCUUGCUGCUUAA